AGAAUCUUAUCCAAAGGCCCAAAUCCAUCAUCGACUUCUUUGGUUUAUAGCCACGAGGUUUUUACGAAUAUUUCAAUUUUUUGUGAAUUAUUAAGAAAAUUUUUCACAUAUUUAUAACAAAAUGCCGCCCAGUAAUCCUUUGCCGCCUAAAGAAAACGCUCUAUUUAAAAGAAUUCUGCGUUGCUACGAGCAUAAACAAUACAAAAAUGGGUUGAAAUUUGCAAAGCAAAUACUGUCCAGUCCCAAAUUUGCUGAACAUGGAGAGACAUUGGCUAUGAAGGGGUUGACUUUAAAUUGCCUUGGAAGAAAAGAAGAAGCAUAUGAAUAUGUCCGUAGGGGUCUUAGAAAUGACUUGAAGUCUCCAGUCUGUUGGCAUGUAUAUGGGUUGCUUCAACGUUCUGACAAAAAGUAUGAUGAGGCAAUUAAAUGCUACCGAAAUGCUCUCAAAUGGGAAAAGGAGAACAUUCAGAUUCUUCGGGAUCUAUCCUUGUUACAAAUACAAAUGAGAGAUCUGGAGGGAUAUAAAGAUACUCGCUACCAAUUAUUUAUUUUAAGGCCGACACAAAGAGCGUCAUGGAUUGGGUUUGCCAUGAGCUACCAUUUGUUGGGUGAAUAUGAAAUGGCUAACAGUAUUCUAGAUGCAUUCAGAACUAAUCAGAUGAAGGGUCCUUAUGAUUAUGAACACUCAGAAUUACUUCUGUAUCAGAAUAUGGUUCUGGCAGAGUCGGGACAAUAUGACAGGGCUCUAUCCCAUUUAUUAAAGUUCCAAACACAAAUUCUUGACAAGUUGGCAAUUAAAGAAACAUGUGGAGAGUAUUAUUUGAAAUUGGAAAGGUUUAAGGAAGCAGAAAUUUUGUAUGAAGGUCUGUUAAAGAGAAACCCAGAGAAUGUGAUGUAUUACCAGAAGCUUAUAGAAGCCAAACGGCUAACUACCCCUGACCAAAAAGUGGCCUUCUUUCAUCUUUAUAAGGCGGACUUCCCGAAAGCAAUAGCACCCAGACGCUUGCAAUUGACUGAGGCUGAGUGUCCGGGUGUCUUCAAUAAACUCGUGGAUGAGUAUUUAAGGCAUGGCCUGCAUAAGGGAAUCCCUCCACUACAUGUUGACCUUAGAUCAUUAUACGAGGACCAAAGCAAGGCUGACGCAAUAGAACAAUUAAUACUACAAUACAUAGAGAAUUUGUCUAAGUUAGGCACUUUUAGUAAUGCACCUGAUGAAGUGAAACAACCAGCGAGUGCACUGUUAUGGUCUUAUUACUUCGCAGCCCAACAUUUUGACUUCAAAAAGGAUACUGAUAAGGCGUUGUACUAUAUAGAUGCAGCUAUAGAACAUACUCCAACAUUAAUAGAGCUGUUUAUAGUUAAAGGAAGGAUAUUCAAGCAUGCUGGUGACCCAGUAUCAGCAUACCAAUGUCUGGAGGAAGCUCAAGCGAUGGACACGGCAGAUCGUUAUGUGAACAGCAAGUGUGCGCGGUAUAUGCUUAGAGCGGGACAUGUGAAGCGAGCUGAAGAGAUGUGCGCCAAAUUUACAAGAGAAGGUGUGCCGGCGACAGAGAAUCUAAAUGAAAUGCAGUGUAUGUGGUUCCAAACGGAGGCUGCAGCGGCAUAUCAGAGGCUUCACCAGUGGGGCGAAGCCCUAAAAAAAGCACAUGAAGUCGAUAGACAUUUCUCCGAGAUAAUGGAAGACCAAUUCGACUUCCACUCAUACUGUAUGCGAAAGAUGACGUUACGUUCGUAUGUCGGUCUGCUUCGCCUCGAAGACGUGUUGCGAGCGCAUCCGUUCUACUUCAGAUGCGCACGCGUCGCCAUACAAGUGUAUUUGAGACUUCACAGCCAUCCCCUACAGGACGCGCCGCAGACCUCGGAGCCAGAUACAGAGAAUUUGGCGCCGUCAGAACUGAAGAAACUUAGAAACAAGCAAAGGAAAGCGAAACGCAAGGCGGAACAGGAAAGCGCGCUGGCCGCGCAAGUACAGGUGAAACGUGAGCAACAUCACAAGGCGAGACGGGAGCAGGAACAAGGUGAUCCCGAAGCUCCCCAACUCGACGAGUUGAUACCUGAUAAGUUAGCUAGGGUAGAAGACCCGUUAGAACAGGCAAUAAAGUUCCUUUUGCCACUCCGGCAGCUGGCUGCCGACAGGAUAGACACAUAUUUAAUGGCUUUCGAAAUAUAUUAUAGAAAAGACAAGCCCCUACUCAUGCUGCAAAGCAUAAAGCGUGCGUGGGCGCUGGACAACACCCAUGAGCAUCUUCACGAUUGUCUGGUGAGGUUCAAGUGCUGGUUGGAAGAACGACUUCCGACACUCAACCCGUACGUGGCAGCUGUCAUCAAUGCGGAGACAAAACCGAUGUUCGGUGAUCGCAGCGCUCUAACAAUAGCAGAAGAGUACGUGACUAAAUGCGGGUCAAAGUCGCAAGCGUCCGCUCUGUGGGGUGCGCGUGCGUUGCGAAGACUCGUGCCGCAACGUACUAACGAUGCGCUCGCACUUGCCACAGCCUUGGAUACUCCUAACACUACUAUACAGGGUUCUCUCGAAGUACUAGAAAGUCUGAGGGAAGGCGACUUCGGUCCUUGCGAAAAAGAAAUUGAAGCUUACAUAGAAGCGUGUAGGGUUAAAUUCCCUUACGCGAUCGCGUUCAAACCUCCUCCACCGGAAGAAAACCAUUCAGAAGAUCUACAGCCAAAGGAAAUUGACCUUAACCAAUGAAGGCUAAAGGCAGGUCUGCAGUAAUUUUAUUCCAAGGCUUGUAGAUCAUAAUCGUAGAAAAAACUAGAAAGUAUUUGGUAUUUACCAGGAUUUUUGAAAGUGAGGGUAGUUGAUCCUGUCCUUCUAACUCCUACCCUCGUAAAUAGUGCAAAACGAUUUUUCAGAUGGAGUGAAAUUUCCUUCGAGCAAAGACAACUUCAACAUUGUUUACACCAACAUAAUUUUUUGAUGAAUAAUUUUAAUGUGUUUUAACUAACUUAGUGUUUAUAGUUUUAAUUUAUGCUGCAAAGAUUAUUUAAGCAUAUAUUAUUAUUAUUAGUUAUUUCUUGAGUUCUCGACAGCAAAAUAUUAUGCAGCAUUAUUUUCCAUUCAAAUAUUUUUUUACUAUUGGUCACUCUUUGUAUUUUAUGGUUAUACAUUAAACUUAAUUUAUAUAGUUUUAUCGAACAUUUGGUUUAUGUUGUAUUGUCUAAUAUAGAAACUACACGUUAAAUUAUGUGCCUUGAAUUUCCAUGUUGACAAAGACUUUCUAGUAAUUCUUUAAAAAAUUUAACGCAAUAAUGGUAGAGGAAUAAAAUUAUUGAAGGUAGCUUCGCCCUUUUGAAGUUUGGAAACACCAAAAAUGGUUUUUAUAUCUCGAUUGAUAAAAUUAAUAAUAGUUAAUAUUAAGGCAUGAAUAGGUUUCGGGUGUCACAAAGAAUGAAAUUUGUUUGCGAAUGUUUCUGUGAAGAUUAAAAAUGCUCAGUUUGCUGUUGAUUUUCCAAUGUUCUACUAAUAAAAUAAAUUUAAAUAUCACUUUUUAUUUUUAAAAUGCAAAUGUUUAAUUCAAAAUAAGUAAUUGUUUGAUUCAUAUUCUAGUGAAUAUACUGUCAAGGAAAUUUGACAGAAACAUCACUUUGAUUCCCAAAACACUGUCAAAAAUUUUUGUACCUAUUGAGUAAACAAAAAAAAUGUCUAUUAGUAAAUACAUUUCCAAGGGCAAACUCAUCAAAUUACUUUAAUGUUCCUUUCAUUUAAUUUUAAGUCGUCGCUUAUCCCUUGUUAAACAUCAUCAAUUUUAGCUUCCUCUAAUUUAGUGAUUGUUGAUUUUGUAAGCAUGGCCUCAAGUGUUCAAUAUUCAAGUUACAUAGGAUUUGUAUUAAAUCUCUGGUUUUAUAUAUAAAUGUGUGAACUAACCUCACGCAAUAAUUGAUCGAGGUUCGCUUUGUAAAUAACUACUUUAAGUUUUCGCUGUAAAAUACAGUUAGGUUUAAUUCGACUCAUUGACUGUUAUACAAAUUGUACGGACUAAGUAUUUGUAAACCAAUUUUAAUAUGUAAUUAUUACAUAGCUAAUGGGGAAAGGAUAAAAUUUGUAAGUGGAAUUUCAUUAUACAAUUAAUAUAGUUAUCGUCAAACUAUAAAAAAUCACUAAUUCAAUGUUGAUGCUGCUUCAAUUUAUUUUUGGACAAUAUUUUGAAGCAUGGGCUGAAGGAAGUAUGUUGCCUUACAAUGUUUUUUCCAUACUAAAAUUGUAGCCAUGGUAACAGAUAUCAACUUGUUGAACAAAGUUUAUUGUUAUAAAUUUAAGUGUAUAGACAGAAACAGUAGUUCAAUAGUAUGAAAUUAACAUACACAUUAAAAAUUUAAAACAUUAGUGCAAGUUUGAUAACUGUCACCAGGAAUGUGUUUUUUGAUGACCUACCUUAACCUACAAGUAAUAAUCAUUGAUAACAUUUUAAUCUUCCUCAGAUAUACAUUACCCAAACAUGAAAAUGAUUAUCUUUGAUGACUACAAAUUGAAGGUGACCCUGAAAUAGUUGAAUUUGACGAUUUCUGUAUAAUUGUAUCUCUGAUUGACCAAUAGAACAAUGUUUACGUUAGUAGCGAAAAUACCAACUGUAAAAAUGUUUUUUACAAUAUAAAAUAUCAAGCAUAAUAUUUGAUAUCUAAAUGAGUGAUUGGAAAUUGUUGAUCAAAAUUUUGUUUAAAUUAUAAUAAAUGGCCCAUC